AUGAGAGGAUACAAUAAUAUAUGUUCAUUAUUGUUGUUCAUUUCAAUAUAAGAAGAGAAAGCUAGAGAAAUCCUGAAAAUAUUCUUCAAGAAUUCUCAAAUAAGAAAGGAAUUGAGGAAAUCAUACUUUUAUGGCAAAAUGUUAAUCGUUAUUUUAUCAUGA